AUGUCGAACAUGAGGAGAUGCUUAGAGAGGCAAGAGCAAGAAAUUAAAGAAAGAAGGCGUAGACGAGCUAAAGAAGAAAGGGAGGAGGAAGAAGAUGAUGAACAAGUUGCCAUGGCAAUGGAUAUGCUUGAUCUAUCAAGCCAAGGCCGCCACCAUGGAUCACAAGUUGGCCAGGGCCAGAACGUGGACUGA